AUGAGGGACAAUGGUUCUACCGGCUGUGUAGUGAAAGAAGCCCUGGUUACCCCUGCUCAGUUCACAGGAGAACACGUGAGAGUCGUCAUGAUUAACGGCUCUAUGGCUACUUGCCCGAUAGCUGUAGUCGACGUGGAGACGCCAUUCCUCACUGGCAGAAUCCAGGCCGCUGUGAUGAAACAGCCUAUCUAUGAAUUGAUAAUCGGUAACGUUGAAGGGGUGAGGGACGUUCGGAACACGGACGCCGCGACCCAAACCGAAGAUCAAGUAGGUGCCGCCCUGACGCGAGCCCAGGCACGAGACACACGGCCCGUGGUCCCUCUCAAGCUCACAUCACCUGACGAGCUGCUCAAUAGCGCUAACGUCACUGCCGCACAAAAGACCGAUCCCUCCCUUGCAAACAUUCGGAAGCAAGCCGCUGAGGGGGUAUCGAGGGUAAAUAAAUACGGAACGACUCGCUUCUGCCAACACAGAGGAAAGUUGUAUAGAGAAGUCGUCUCCGACCUCGGUGAGACUCGGUCGCAAUUCGUGGUGCCUGCACAGUACCGCCACGCGGUGAUGGAGAUGGGGCACUGCGCGGCCUUGGGUGGUCACAUGGGGCGACAGAAAACACAAGACCGCAUUAGUCACACAUUUUUCUGGCCUGGCGUGAUGGCCGAUAUCGCGAGAUUCGUGAGAUCCUGUGACGUGUGUCAAAAAACUGUAGACAAGGGCCGUGUGAAACCUGCGCCGCUAAGACCCAUGCCCCUUAUAUCCGAACCAUUUGAGAGGGUAGCCGUAGAUAUUGUUGGGCAGAUCACGCCACGCGCGACUGACGGAUCAAAAUAUCUACUCACGUGUGUGGACUUCAGCACCCGUUGGCCUGAAGCAGUACCUCUGAAAAAUAUAGAGGCCACAACGGUGGCUGAAGCGCUGGUAGGGAUAUUCUGCCGUGUGAGCAUUCCCAACGGCACACUGAAAAAAAUGCUCAAGCGGCUGGCCGCCGAGCAACCCAAGGAAUGGCCGAGAUUUGUUGCUCCUCUCCUGUUCGCAUACAGGGAAGCACCGCAGAGUACUCUGAAGUUCUCGCCUUUCGAGCUACUCUAUGGAAGAGCAGUGCGCGGUCCACUCCAAGUGCUGAGAGAGCUAUGGGACGAGGACGUGCCAAGUCCGGAGGUACGUACGACAUACGAGUAUGUUAUAAACCUGGCUGGCAGACUUAGGGAAACCUGUCGUAUGGCCAAGGAAGAACUCCUGAAGGCCCAGGAGGUACAAAAGGCCCAUUAUGAUCGCAAUGCGCGACUACGCACCCAGCAGCCUGGCCAGGAGUGCUUAGUACUCCUACCCACUGCUCAUAAUAAGUUGCUGGCGCAGUGGAAGGGGCCUUAUGAGGUCCUAGAGCGCGUCUCCGACUUAAAUUAUAUAGUAUUGAUUGAUGGGAAACGGAAACGUCUUCACAUUAACAUGCUUAAGGAGUAUCAUGCGCCUACCAUCUCUGGUAGCGCUGGCGCUCAGGAACCAGCAUAUGCUGAGGAUAGGGCCACCUGUUUGAAAGCCGUGCGUGAUAUUUUUUCCCUUUCAACAGCUGCGAAGGAGGAAGGUGAGAUCAAAUGUAGUGCAGCUGUGAUUCACGAUGCAGAGGACGUAGGAGACGGUCCUCUCACUGUACAAAAGCGUCAGACGGAAACCGUAGAUGACGUCACAUUAUCUGAAAGGCUAACACCUGAGGAAGUAUCGAUAAUAAAGGAUCUUCUAGGUGAAUACGCGGAGGUCUUUUCUGACAAGCCUCGCGUGGCCCGGGUGUCGCCACACAAGAUCACCCUAACGAACCGAAAGCCAGUGAAGGUGAAACCCUAUCAGGUCCCUCUGCAGCUUAGGGACGCUGUGGCUGAGGAAAUACAAGAAAUGGAGGACUUAGGCAUUAUCGAGAGAUUCGAUUCUCCGUACUGUAGUCCUAUGGUCGUCGUACGCAAGAAAGGCAGUAGUGUUAGGAUCUGCGGUGACUUCCGAAGGAUUAACGCAGUAACACAAAUAGACGCAGAGCCCAUGUUCGACCAACAGGAGAUAUUUAGCCGGCUGUCACACUCGAGGGUGUUUAGCAAACUGGACCUCACGAAAGGAUUCUUUCAGAUCCCGCUUGACCCCGAGUCAAGGAAAAUAACGGCUUUUGCCACCCCCAGCGGCCUCUAUCAAUAUCGGGUCCUUCCUUUCGGCCUUGCCAAUUCUCCCGCGGUCUUCAACCGCCGAAUAAGACAGGUACUAGGUAAUCUGAAUGGGGUCGAGGUUUUCGUAGAUGACGUACUGAUUCAUUCUACGGAUUUGGAGGACCACAUAAGACUUUUACGUAUGGUCCUUGAUAAACUCAGAGACGCCAACAUGACGGUUAAGCCGAGCAAGUGUGAGUUGGCCAAGGCAGAUGUCGAAUUCCUAGGCCACAAGGUGAGUCAAGGACAGUGCCUCUGCUUGGAGGACAAGGUUCAGAAAAUAAAGGAAGCUCCUGUUCCCCACACCAAAAGACAGGUCCGAUCGUUUCUAGGGUUAGCAGGGUAUUACCGCAGGUUUGUCCCCAACUUUGCAGCGGUGGCGCUGCCGCUCUAUGAGCUUGUUAAGAAAAGAGCACCAAAUAAGGUUGAGUGGGGUCCCCACGAGGACAGAUCAUUCAAGGCACUGAAGUCCUUGCUGUGCAAGGACCCUAUCCUCCAGUUGCCUGACCCUACAAAGCCCUUUGUACUUAGGACCGAUGCAUCCUGUGAAGGUUUGGGUGCUGUGUUACUGCAGGAGAAGGACGGCGACAUCUUCCCCGUGGCCUAUCACACCAGGAAGCUCAAACCGGCAGAGAAGAACUACAGCACGGUAGAACGUGAACUACUCGCCGUAGUAGAUGGAAUAAAGAAAUUCUACUUCUACUUAUACGGGGAUGAGUUUGUAUUGCAGACAGACCACAUGCCCCUGGAGUCACUGCGUACCUCUAAGAAUGCAAACUCCCGAAUAAUGAGAUGGGCUCUGUAUUUGCAACAAUUUCAGAUGCGAGUUCAGUACAUCCGUGGCCGAGACAAUGUCGGGGCCGACGUGCUCACCAGGUGUCCCUACCUUGUGGGGAUACCUGCACAUAAUCACCCCAGUUUCGCCCCUAGCAGCAGCAUCCUUAGGGAGGACGCCUUGGGUGCCUGGAGAGGAAGAAGGGUCUCUGAGGCCAAUCCUGACCUGAAGGCCGUUCAGAACACGCUCGUGUCUCCCAGAGAGGGGUGA